AUGGAGUCAGAUGCAUCCCAUCACGUAAAGAGGUUCCAGACUUGUCAGAAACACGGAAAUUUGAUCCAUGCUCCAGCCGUAGACCUGCAUAGCAUCCGAACGCCAUGGCCGUUCCAUACAUGGGCUUUUGAUCUGAUAGGGUCCAUCUCCACACCUUCUAAGGGGUACAAGUGGAUUCUUGCAGCCACAGAAUUGAGCACAAAGUGGGUCGAAGCAAUUCCUCUUAAGAACGCUACGGGGCUUGCAGUCGCGAACUUCAUCAAGGAGAAUAUCAUUUGCCGGUUUGGGGUACCAAACACCAUCCUCUCGGAUAACGGCACUUUCUUCAUAAACAAAUAUGUGAAGAGCCUCCUAGAGACUUACCAAGUGAAGCAUCACAAAUCCACACCAUACUAUCCAAAAGGGAACGGGAAAACGGAGGCCACAAACAAGACACUGAUAAGGAUUCUAAGCAAGAUGAUGGAUGAAUUUGGGGUGACUUGGUCCGAACAGUUGAUAGUAGCCCUAUGGGCGUAUCGCACUUCAAAGAGAAAGCCGACUCAUGCAACUCCUUACUCCCUUGUGUAUGGGUCCGAGGCAGUGUUACCUAUAGAGUUGGAAACACCAUCUGCUCGAAUGGCUCUCGCCUCGGGGAUGGUAUUGGAGCCUCGAACCACCAGAUUGGAAGCAUUAGAGGAAAAGCAUGACAGAGCUGCAAAAGUCAUGGAAAGGUAUCAUGAGUCCAUCGCCCGAGCCUAUAACCAGACUGUGAUACCAAGGAAGUUUGAAGAAGGUGAUCUAGUAUGGAAGAUUGUAGACCCAAUCAUGCGAGGACAGCCUUUACCCAAGUUUUCUCCAAAAUGGGAAGGGCCCUACAAGGUGGGGUGGUUCAGGCGAGCUCAAGCGGGUACUACAAGCUUGUAA